UUUUCUUCCUGGAUGUUUCUUCAGUGGUCUUGUGAUGGAAGGGAAGUAUUUUUGAAGUUAUAAUGGAUUUUACACAACAUUGUAACAAAAAGUGGCCUAAUAGCCGCAUUUCUGUUUGAAGAGAAUAAACGUAAUUACAAAUAAUCAUGACAACUUCUCAUAUGAAUGGACAUAUCACAGAAGAUUCUGACAGUGAAGCAAAAAAUGUGGAUCUUGCAUCUCCUGAGGAACCUCAGAAGCACAGAGAAAUGGCUGUUGAUUGCCCUGGGGAUUUGGGCUCCAGGAUGAUGCCAAUGCGGCGGAGUGCUCAACUUGAGCGAAUUCGUCAGCAGCAGGAGGACAUAAGGCGCAGACGGGAAGAAGAGGGAAAGAAACAAGAAUUGGACCUUACUGCUUCCAUGAGGCUAAAGAAACUAGCACAAAUUCCUCCUAAAACUGGAAUAGAUAAUCCAAUAUUUGACACAGAAGAAGGAAUUGUUUUGGAGAGUCCUCAUUAUACGGUGAAGACACUAGAAGUGGAAGAACUGUUAACUUCUCUUAAGCAUAUCCAGCACGUUUUGGUAGACCCUCAGAGCCAAGAGGAUAUCUCUCUCAUUUUACAGCUUGUUCAAAAUACCGAUUUUCAGAAUGCAUUUAAGAUACACAAUGCUGUUACAGUGCACAUGAACAAAGCCAGCCCUCCAUAUCCUCUCAUCUCCAAUGCACAAGAACUAGCGCAAGAGGUACAGAGUGUUUUGAAACCCAGUCACCACAAGGAUGGGCAGGAGCUUAAUGCUUUGCUGAAUGCCCCUCACAUGCAGGCACUCUUACUGGCUCAUGAUAAGGUUGCGGAACAAGAAAUGCAACCAGAGCCUGUGACAGAUGAAAAAAUUUAUGAGAAUGUUGGUGUGUAUGGAGGGGAGACAGUUAAAAUAGUUCGCAUUGAGAAAGCUCGGGAUAUUCCAUUGGGUGCUACUGUUCGCAAUGAAAUGGAUUCUGUUAUCAUUAGUCGAAUAGUGAAAGGAGGUGCCGCAGAGAAGAGUGGGCUGUUACAUGAAGGGGACGAAGUUCUGGAGAUUAAUGGCAUUGAGAUUCGUGGAAAAGAUGUUAAUGAAGUUUUUGACUUGCUGGCUGACAUGCAUGGUACUCUGACCUUUGUAUUGAUUCCCAGUCAGCAGAGCAAGCCACCUCCUGCGAAGGAGACAGUUAUACAUGUGAAAGCACAUUUUGACUAUGAUCCGUCUGAUGACCCUUACGUCCCCUGCCGAGAGUUGGGCCUCUCUUUUCAAAAAGGAGAUAUACUCCAUGUCAUCAGCCAAGAAGAUCCAAACUGGUGGCAGGCGUACAGAGAUGGAGAUGAAGAUAACCAGCCAUUGGCAGGCCUUAUCCCUGGAAAAAGUUUUCAGCAACAAAGAGAAGCAAUGAAGCAAACCAUAGAAGAAGACAAGGAGCCAGAAAAAUCAGGAAAACUCUGGUGUGCGAAGAAAAACAAAAAGAAACGGAAAAAGGUUUUAUACAAUGCAAAUAAAAAUGAUGAUUAUGACAAUGAGGAAAUUUUGACCUAUGAGGAAAUGUCACUGUAUCAUCAACCAGCAAAUAGGAAACGGCCUAUUGUUCUGAUAGGCCCACAGAACUGUGGCCAAAAUGAAUUGCGGCAGCGACUUAUGAAUAACGAAGUGGAUCGCUUUGCCUCUGCAGUUCCGCAUACUACUCGGAGCAGGCGAGAAACUGAAGUAGCUGGCAGGGAUUACCAUUUCAUUUCCCGACAGGCAUUUGAGAGUGACAUAGCUGCAGGGAAGUUCAUUGAAUAUGGGGAGUUUGAGAAGAACCUCUACGGUACUAGCAUAGACUCCGUACGGCAAGUAAUCAACUCUGGCAAGAUAUGCCUUUUAAAUCUUCAUACCCAGUCACUGAAGACACUACGUAAUUCUGACUUGAAGCCAUACAUUAUAUUUGUUGCACCACCUUCACAAGAGAGAUUACGUGCUUUAUUGGCCAAAGAAGGGAAAAACCCAAAGCCAGAAGAACUGAGAGAAAUCAUAGAGAAGACAAGGGAGAUGGAGCAGAACAAUGGCCACUACUUUGAUACAGCAAUUGUGAAUUCUGAUCUUGAUAAGGCCUAUCAAGAGUUACUUCGGUUGAUAAACAAACUUGACACAGAACCCCAGUGGGUGCCCUCUACCUGGCUACGAUGAGAGAGUAAUUCCAAGGGACAAAUGGACUUCAAUCUAGUAAUCUUUCCAAGGAGAUCGUGUGUAGGUCUGCCUGAUUCUUAGUAUAAAUGUGUGUGAGCUCUAGACCUCAGUGGCCGUGUCCUUUGCCAGUGAAAUUGCGUAUUAUUGAAAAAAUACGCUAAUCAGCUUGUGAGCCAAUUGAACUGAUCUAAAGAUUGUCCAAGUUUUCUUUCUCUGUGGUCUAGAAAUGGAGACCUUGUCAGUACUAAAUUCUAAAGCUUUAGAUAGAUUUUUCUAGCAACUACUUUUAUACAUAAAUCCACCUUUUUUUACCUAGAAUCACCCUUAUGAAAUCAAAGGUUUUAAGUAUACGUGUGUGUGUGUGUAUAUACAGUUCAUGCUGUCACAUAGUUAUAAAUAUGAAUGUUAUUUAACACUUAACUUAAUGACUUUGUGGGA